UGUUAGACGAGAUGGUGCUGUCCCGUGGACUGUGGUUAUUACUCACCUAUAUCUUGCAGCAUUCAGUUAACGGAGGCAGCUGUCCAGAUGAUGUUGUCUCUGUCAGUGGAGGUAAAUGCUACUUCAUUGCAAAUACUUCGAAGAAAUCGACUUCGGCUACACACUAUUGCAACGACAACUAUAAGAACAAAGCUUUCCCGGAUACUCUGGUAGCUAACAACGAGAUCAAGUCACAUCUUCUACGGCUAAACCCUACUUGCAACACUGCGGCUGAAUAUCGUUACUGGAUAGACCUCCGUCGUACAGAGGCCAUACCACACUUCCAUGUCGGCAGCAAUGCUACAAGAUUGCCCUAUACUGACUGGAACCCGCAUAAACCUGUCCCUGAGGAUACAUUUGGCUCUCACAACUGUGGUAUCUUCGCCUGCUCUAAGAACCUGUACUGGUGGGAAAAUAUUAGUUGCAGCAAAUCAAGAAACUUCAUCUGUGAAAUGAAAGAGUGCCCACACAGUUGUAACCCUGCAGCUGAAACCUCGACGACUGCUGUUGUUAACACUAUGGCGUUUCCGAAUACAACAUCAACGACACAGGAUGUGACAACAGUGGAGCUCAUUUCUAAUACAACAUCAGUGGACACGGAGAAUGUGUUAUCCAAUACAACCAUGCCAACACAAUUUCACAUGGGUUCAACUGCCAGUGUGUUUGAAGCAUCUCUCAAGACAGCCAUGCUUAUGAUUCCAGUCCUCCACUUCAGUUCAUAAAGGCAAAACACCACACAUGUACUUGUAGGGUCACGAAAUAAAUAUAUGUGCACGCAAUUUA